UACGUUAGAAAUGCAGACAAACACUCUUGAUCUGUUUUCUAUUUAUGCUGGAUUAAACAUAAUCUGAAGCCCUUUGUUUCUUGUGUCUAAUGAACGUGCUUGGUAAGCUCACAUAGGUAUGUUUUGGCACACGUUGAGCUCUUGUGAGGAGAAAAGCAGGCGUUUUCUUUCUUUUUUUUUUGGCUGAGAGCAAAGUCCUGUUUGUUGAUCUCCACUAUAUAAAGCCAGAUCUCAUCUCGAUCAGCAGCAGCAGCCCCAAACAGAAAGAUGCUGAACAUCAGUGAGCUCUCUCUGAGGUCCCCUCAUUUCAGGGCGUCCGACCGUCUCCUGCAGCCCUUCUGGGACCAUCUCCUUCUUCACCACCUGUCUCUCGUCUCGUCUCCCUUUUUGCCCGUCAUCCUCGCCUUCUCCAGCUACUUUUGCUUUAGUUUGCCUUUUGCUGUGUUGGACCUCUUGGGGGAAAGGGUCCCUUUGUUCCACAAGUAUAAGAUCCAGCAAGACAGGAGGCCAACGCURGKAAUGAUGGCCAAGAGCUUCAUGACAUCUCUCUAUAACCACAUAUUUUUUGUUCUACCGGCUGUCAUAAUCGGCAUGUUCAUACUGCCAACACCAACCCUGCCGCGAGAUGCUCCUACGUUAUACCAGUUGUUCUCCGAAGGACUGGCUAUACUGCUCCUCUUUGACACCCAGUACUUCAUCUGGCACUUUGUGCACCACAAGAACCUGCAGCUGUACCGCUGGGUGCAUGCAGUCCACCAUGAGUACAUGGCUCCAUUCUCCUGGUCCACGGAGCAGCUCAGCAUUCCAGAACUGAUGACCGUGGGCUUCUGGAGCAACCUGGACCCGAUUCUUUUGAGGUGUCACCCACUGAGCACAUGGUGCAUAACAGUUCUGAGCAUCUGGAUGUCCGUGGAGGACCACAUAGGCUACGACCUGCCCUGGACCCUGAACCACCUGGUGCCCUUCGGUCUGCUGGGGGGCGCCCCGGCCCACGACUUGCACCACCAGAAGCCCAGCAGCAACUACGCUCCCUUCUUCAGCCACUGGGACCGGAUCUUCGGCACUGCYGUGUCUCUGAAGAAGAAAAACGUUGAUUAACACAAAACAAUAGUCAACACAAUUCUGUAAAUAAUGCCUCUUUUAUAAAUAUGUUGUCUUGUUAAAUCUCUUUAUUUUGCUGCUGCACUUCUUGCAUUAUUAGCAUUUUUAAAAAUGCAUURAACUUGUACAAAUAUUUAAAUGUGUUUCAGCUUUUGUUCAAUAAACAUCUAUUUAUAAAGCAGA